UCACAAGCCUAUCAUCUUUCACGAGGAAAACACGAUUAGGUUGUGACGUCCCACUUUUCCAACCCUUUGUAACCCAAUAACCUAAAUUCUCCCUCAAGACGUGUUAUUUCGGUACUCUCUCCUUUCUAUUUACGAUGCAAGGCAACAGAGGGCCCCGUCCGGACCAGCAGAACCAUGCUCCACAAAGAAGGCCCAAUCACCAGGACCAACAGAGGAAACCAGGCGGCGAUAGCAAUGGACAGCACUCAGACAAUAGUGAGCAGCCAAGCGCAAAUGCUGGCAUAACCAUCGACCUUCAGAACUUCCGCAAGCCCGGAGAGAAGACAUACACGCAGCGCAGCAGAUUGUUUGUGGGCAAUCUCCCCAAUGGCGUCACAGAGCAGGAGGUGGAGAAGCUCUUCUCAAAAUAUGGCAAACCAUCUGAAAUCUUUAUCAAUAAAGACAGAGGAUUUGGAUUCAUCAGGCUGGAAACCAAAACAAUGGCAGACAUAGCCAAAGCAGAGCUCGAUGACACCCAGUUCCGUGGGCGUCAAAUCCGUGUUCGGUUUGCCACACACGGCGCAGCACUGACCGUGAAGAACCUGCCACAGUUUGUCUCCAACGAGCUCUUGGAAGAAGCCUUCUCCAUCUUCGGGCAAAUUGAGCGUGCCAUCGUAAUUGUGGACGACCGCGGGCGUCCCACAGGGAAGGGGAUUGUAGAGUUCACCUCAAAGCCAGCUGCCCGUAAAGCACUGGACCGCUGCACAGAUGGCGCUUUCCUGCUUACAGCAUUUCCCCGUCCAAUUACCGUGGAACCAAUGGAACAGUUUGAUGAUGAUGAGGGACUACCAGAAAAACUUGUCACCAAAAAUCAACAGUUCCACAAAGAGCGAGAGCAGAUGCCACGAUUUGCCCAGCCUGGCUCGUUUGAGUACGAGUAUGCCAUGCGCUGGAAGGCCCUGCUGGAGAUGGAGAAGCAGCAGUUUGAGCAGGUGGACCGCAACAUCAAGGAGGCCCAGGAGAAGCUGGAGGCCGAGAUGGAGGCGGCACAGCACGAGCACCAGGUCAUGCUCAUGAGGCAGGACCUGAUGCGUCGUCAGGAGGAGCUGCGUCGCAUGGAGGAGAUGCACAACCAGGAGGUGCAGAAGCGGAAGCAGCAGGAGCUGCGCCAGGAGGAGGAGCGGCGCCGGCGGGAGGAUGACAUGCGCCUCCAUAAUGAGGAGAUAAUGAGGAGGCAACAGGAAGCUGGCUUCAAGGGUGGAAACUUCCAAGAGAAUCAAAGGGAACAGGAAAUGAGGAUUCACAUGCAAGGUGCUGGGAUGAACAGGAACCCACUGGCAGGCAAUGCUGCCCAGCCAGGAACAGGAAACAAUGAGGGUGGUGGUGGUGGUGGUGCAGGGUUGAUGGGAAACCCUCCCAUGCCAGUUGGAGGAGCCCUCUUCCCAAGGGGUCCCCCAGGACCUGCUGACUUUGCCCACAACAAGCGUCGCCGAUUCUAAGACUGUUACUGCCUUUUUUUUUUAUCUCUCACCCUCAUUUUUAAGUCCCUUUGUACACUGUAUUUUUUUUCACGUCAAGUUCUCGACCACAGACAGAGUAUUUGUAAAACUGUAUACUUUUUUUCUUUUCUUUUUUUUUAUUGAAGUACGGAGCUGUUGUUUUCAUUUCUAGAUUCUGAGUUUCAUGCUUCCUUUGUAUAGACAUGAUUUGCUUUUCCGCUUUGUAUUUUGAAGAUCAACAUACUUUUAUAUAGUAGUAGGUACAGUCUGGAUUAUGCUUUUAACGACCUUUAUUAAAUCCAACAUGUUUUGGGAAAAA